CCAAACCAAGGGAACUAAGGGAAAUGCUAAUGAAGCAUUGAAGUUGAGAUUUUAAUUACUUAAAGGUCAGGAACAUUCAAGUUUCAUUAAUUUAAGGGAGUUAUUCUGUAUUCCCACAGCAAUCCACACUCAGCUCCUAUAUAGCUCAAAAAUUCAUGUUAUUGUUUAUUUGCUGAUGCAUUCAAGUGAUAUAACUGAACACUAUACCUGACUAUUAUUCCUUUUUGCAAUUAGGGUUCUGGUCUUCUAACAUUUUAUUAACACUUCUCUGUAUAUUUCCUACGUUCCCAUCCUUUUCAGUAGCAAUAAUCCUGUUGCUUUGCUCUAAGCUUUGUUCUACUUUACAAAAAGCUACAUUUCCUUUUAAGGCUGGAACCUCUAGUCAGUUAGCAACAUUUGUGGCUAAACUAUCACAAAACACUUGCAGGCACUCAGCAAACUAAUGUAUCGGAACACCCCUCUCAACUGUCUUGCCCACCAAUGGUGCUGCCUCUGGGAUGAGCCCAUGCUGUCCCCCACAUUGUACUCGGGUAUCUUCUGGAAAGCAGAAAUUGGCCUUGCCGAAAGCAGUGCUGGGGGCUGUCCGCAAUGAUGCUAUGUCCCACCACUUCCAGCCCGUGCCCUGUCACCGUUUUGUUUACUAAGAUGGGCCCACAGGUCCCUGUAACACAUGUAAUAGUUACUCUCCAAGUGACAAAAUACUCAUCAACAUCGAAGAGAUGGAACCAACCUUUAGACUAAAGGUUUUUAAAGGACAGUAGAUUUCAAAAAGACAGUCUGUGAGCCCAGCAGCACCACCGAUCCUUCCUAGAAGUUGAUGAGCAGAGGAUGUGCGGGUGUUAGCUGGGUCCCAGCAGCGGUGGGGAAGCAGGAUGCGCGCUGUAUGGCACCAGCGCCGAGGCGGGAGUGCACGGCCCGAGCCUGAGCAGGCGAUCGGCUGCCGUCCCCCGCCCCAGCCCGGGCGAUCGCAGCGCCGGCCGUCCCGGCUCUGCUCUAAGACAGAGGCUGCCGCAGCUGCGAGCCGUGCCCGGGGCCGCCCUCUGCCCGGGGCCGGCUGCCAAAGGCCGCCGCGGGGCCGCGCAGCCCGGCGCCCCCGCCCCCGGCGUUCGCGGCUCCCCCUCCCGCCCGCAGAUAACCGCGGCCCCUCAGGCGCUUCCCCAGCCGCCCAGCGCGGACUCGGCCCCGGCUCGCAGCCGCUCUCCAGGCGCCAGCUCCCUCUCGUCGCCGCCGCGGCGCGGGUAAGGAUGGCUCGGCAGCCCCGGGGCUUUCUGCAGGAGGCCUCUCACCAAGUCGUCGCCGGAGGCUCGGCGGGUCUUGUAGAAAUUUGCCUGAUGCAUCCCCUUGAUGUAGUGAAAACAAGGUUCCAAAUUCAAAGAGGGAAAACUGAUCCAACCAGUUACAAGAGCCUGGGGGACUGUUUUAGGACUAUUUUCCAACGAGAAGGAUUUCUUGGCUUCUACAAAGGAAUACUUCCUCCCGUUUUGGCUGAGACACCCAAAAGGGCAGUGAAGUUUUUUACCUUUGAACAAUACAAGAAGCUUCUGGGAUAUGCGUCAUUGCCACCAGGACUGGCAUUUGCAGUUGCUGGCUUGGGAUCUGGUUUGACAGAGGCAGUUGUGGUUAACCCGUUUGAAGUAGUGAAGGUUACCUUACAGACCAAUCAGAAUGCCUUCACAGAGCAACCAUCUAGCUUUGUUCAAGCUCAGCAGAUCAUAAAAACCGGUGGUCUGGGCUUCCAAGGACUCAACAAAGGCCUUACUGCAACACUGGGCCGUCACGGAGUUUUUAACAUGGUUUACUUUGGAUUCUACUUCAAUGUGAAAAGCAUUCUUCCAGUCAAUAAAGAUCCAAAUUUGGAGUUUUUGAGGAAAUUUGGAAUUGGGUUAGUCUCAGGAACAAUAGCCUCAAUUAUUAACAUUCCUUUUGAUGUUGCAAAAAGUAGGAUUCAAGGACCACAGCCAGUUCCUGGAGAGAUCAAGUACAGAACCUGUUUUAAAACUAUGGCAACAGUCUAUAAAGAGGAAGGAUUUCUGGCUCUGUACAAAGGCUUGCUUCCCAAGAUCAUGAGGCUCGGUCCAGGUGGUGCAGUGAUGCUUUUGGUUUACGAAUACGUUUAUGCAUGGCUUCAGGACACAGUUAAUCACAAGGAGCAUUUCUGAAAAAUGUACUCUUUAAAACUGCAUGCAUUCUAAAAUACACUAUAAUAAAGCAAAAGUGAUUCUUA